AUGACUACUUAUCAAGCUCAUACGAAUGGUUUUAUUCAUGAUAAUGAUGAUCCAUUACGAAUUUUAUUUUUUGCUGAAAGUUUUCCAUCUUUUACAAGCGGUAUAACACGCCGAUUUAAAGAAAUAAUACGACGUUUAGCGAAAAGAAAACAUCAUAUACAUGUUAUAACUGGUUGUAAAAAUGCUCUUUUAUGGCUUGAAGGAAAUGAUUGUUUACAAGCAUAUGUUACAUUUUCAAUCUUACCAUCAACAGAUUUUACAAAUAAAAUUGAUUGUGCCUGUCCAUUUUUAUUUCCUAAUCCUGCUAUUUAUUUUUCAAUUCGAAAUUUUUCACCUGAUGUUAUACAUAUCGUUGAACAAACUCCAGCUGCUAUGCUUUGUGGUGCAUUUGCUAAAUCAUUAAAUAUUCCAAUUGUUUGGUCUUCACAUACUAAUAUUGACUUUUAUUUAUCAACUUAUAUACGUCAGAAUUGUGUUAACUUAACUAGACGUGUUUAUAAAUUUAUACGUUUAAAACAUUUACUUUAUUCAUCAAUUAAUUUAACAGUUAGUCAAGAUUUUGCCGAUUAUAUGGAACAUACAGGUAUACCACGUCCAGUUUUAGUAUGGAAAACUGGUGUUGAUUCCGAAUUAUUUAAUCCUAUACGACGUUCAUCAUUAAUGCGUUAUCGUAUGUUUGGAACAUUAAAUAAUUUUACUCAUGAACAAAUGGAUUCUAUAACUCUAUUUCUUUGUGUUGGUCGUAUAUCACCAGAAAAAAAUUUUCAAUUUCUAUCACAUGUAUUAGAACGUAUACCAGAUCAAACAUUUUUAUGUAUUAUUGGUGAUGGACCAUAUCGUCAUACACUUGAACCACUUUUUCCAGUUGAUCGUGUUAAUUUUUUUGGUUAUCUUGGCGGAGAAGAAUUAGCAAGUGCUUAUGCUAGUGCAGAUUAUUUUAUAUAUGCAUCCGUUAGCGAAACAUUUGGUCAAGUUUAUCUCGAAGCAAUGGCAAGUGGUACACCAGUUGUUGCAGCUGAAGGUGGACAAUUAAAAGAAUUUUUUAUUAAUAGUGAACAUGGUUAUCUAUGGGAGCCAGAUAAUAUCGAUUCAGCUGAACAAGCUGUACGUUUAGCAAUGAAAAAUCGUGAUUAUCUAUCUAUCAAAGCACGACAACAAGCAUUAAAACAUUCAUGGGAUUCAGCUGCUGAUCAAUUAAAUACAGUUUAUUAUGAUGCUAUAAAAAAAGAUGAUAAAGAAAAUGAAACUAAUCUUUUAAUAAUUCUUUGUCGUUUAUUUUAUUAUGGAUUAAAUUGGUUUAUAUGCAUUCUAUUAGCAUUACUUUUAAUGGCACCAUUUGUAAAAGUUUCAUCUCCGACAUCAACUACAACACAAAAUAUUAAUUCUUGUCGAAAUAAACAGCGUAUAAAAUCGACAAAAACAAGUUUUUCAUCUUGA